GCUCGGUGCUGAAAGGUUCGUGACGAUCAAAGAUGGCUGCGCCCAUGUAGCCGGCAGCGGGCAUUGACCUUACUCGUUCCCUCCUAUGCCCUGCGCCCUGGGCUGGGCACGAGGACCAUGCUGGGCCGGACCCUCCGAGAGGUCUCUACAGCACUGAAACAAGGACAAAUUACUCCAACAGAGCUCUGUCAAAAAUGUCUCUCCCGUAUCAAGAAGACCAAGGUCCUAAAUGCUUACAUUACUGUAUCAGAAGAGAUAGCCUUAAAGCAAGCUGAAGAAUCAGAGAAAAGAUAUAAGAAAGGUCACUCGCUUGGGGAUUUAGAUGGAAUUCCUGUCGCUGUAAAAGACAACUUCAGCACGUCUGGCAUCGAGACAACAUGCGCAUCAAACAUGCUGAAAGGUUAUGUGCCACCUUAUAAUGCUACAGUAGUUCAGAAGUUGUUGGACCAGGGAGCGCUAUUACUGGGAAAAACAAAUUUAGAUGAGUUUGCUAUGGGAUCUGGAAGCACCGAUGGUGUAUUCGGACCAGUCAAAAACCCCUGGAGUUAUUCAAGACAAUACAGAGAGCAGAGGAGGCGCAAGUCCCGCGGCGAGAACGAGCACGCAGACUGGCUCAUAACUGGAGGCAGCUCGGGAGGGAGCGCAGCGGCCGUGUCCGCGCUCACGUGCUUUGCAGCUUUAGGAUCGGAUACAGGGGGGUCCACCCGGAAUCCAGCUGCGCACUGUGGGGUCGUCGGUCUGAAACCGAGCUAUGGCUUAGUUUCUCGUCACGGUCUCAUUCCCCUGGUGAAUUCAAUGGAUGUGCCGGGAAUCCUAACCAGAUGUGUGGAGGAUGCAGCAAUUGUGUUGGGUGUACUGGCUGGGCAUGACCCCAAGGAUUCUACCACAGUACAAGAUCCUGUUAAACCAUUUGUGCUUCCCAGUCUGACGGAUGUGAGCAAACUGUGUAUAGGAAUCCCAAAGGAGUAUUUCGCACCGGAAUUAUCAAGUGAGGUACACUCUCUCUGGACCAGAGCUGCCGGCCUCUUUGAGUCUGCGGGGGCCGAGGUCAGGGAGGUGUCCCUGCCCCACACCAGUUACUCCAUUGUCUGCUACCAUGUAUUGUGUACAUCGGAAGUGGCAUCGAACAUGGCGAGAUUUGAUGGGCUAGAAUAUGGCUGCAGGUGUGAUGCGGACGUGUCUACUGAAGCCAUGUAUGCUGCAACCCGACGGGAAGGGCUUAAUGCUGUGGUGAGGGGAAGGAUUCUCACAGGAAACUUUUUCUUACUGAAAGAAAAUUAUGAGAAUUAUUUCAUCAAAGCACAGAAAGUGAGACGACUCAUUGCUAAUGAUUUUGUGAAUGUUUUUAACUCUGGGGUGGACAUCUUGCUAACUCCCACCACCUUGAGCGAGGCCACCCCAUACGAGGAGUUCAUCAAAGAAGACAAUCGGACACGGAGCGUCCAGGACGACAUUUUUACCCAGGCUGUAAAUAUGGCAGGGUUGCCGGCAGUGAGUGUCCCUGUGGCCCUCUCCAGCCAAGGAUUGCCGGUAGGCCUACAGUUUAUUGGGCGUGCAUUUUGUGACCAGCAGCUUCUGACAAUUGCCAGAUGGUUUGAAAAACAAGUGCAGUUUCCUGUUACUCAGCUUGAAGAAAUAAUGGAUGAUUGUUCAUCAAUCUUUGAAAAUGAGAAGUUAGCUUCUGUAUCUAUAAAACAGUGGUGAUAAAUAGAUCAUGCAAACUAAAAAUGACUUCUAAAGAUUUUAUAUUCUGGAGAAGCCAAAUGAUCUUGCUUAAUUCUUAUAAUUUGGUUCAUUGUCAACACAAGCAUUCCCUGGAAUCACUUUUUGAAAUCCUUGUGAUAUAGCUAAUUAAUUAUAAAUAAUCUCAGCAUUCAAGUAUCCACAAAGUACAGGAUUUCUGCUGUAACACAAGAUAUAUGCCUCUGAAAAGUAAUGCGCUCUGUGAAAAUGUUCAUUAAAAAGAGCAGUAGAAUUAAGGGAUAAA